CAGCGAUGUCACGAAUUUGUGGCGAAAAGGGCGCUUUAAAAGCCGGGCAGACACCUCGGAACGUCGUCAGUCGCACCUCGCCUCCAGUUCCGAGUGCUUCAUUUACCACCAAAAACAAUCGCGCCAUGAAGCUGUUCAAGACCGCCCUCUUCCUGGCCAUGCUCGCCCUGGCCGCGGCGAGGCCGGCUGAGACACAGGACGACGGCUACGAACCCGAGCCCGCCGCGGGUGGUGCCGGGGGCGGCUCUGGCGGCAUCGGGGGCGGCUCCGGCGGCAUCGGCGGCGGCUCUGGUGGCAUCGGAGGCGGCUCCGGCGGGAUCGGGGGCGGCUCCGGUGGCAUUGGAGGCGGCUCCGGCGGCAUUGGAGGCGGCUCCGGCGGCAUCGGGGGCGGUUCCGGCGGCAUCGGAGGCGGCUCCGGAGGCAUCGGGGGCGGUUCCGGCGGCAUCGGAGGUGGCAACCACGGUGGUCUCGGAGGCCUCGGCUCCGGCGGCCUCGGCGGGGGUGGCAUCCACGGCGGCAUCACCUACCCGUCAAUCCCCGGCGGCUACCCCAAGAACCCCAAGGAGUACUACGACGCCUACCAAAAGAUGAUCAAGCUCUGCAAGGAGUCGUGCGGCGACUACAAGCGCUGCAUCGAGAUCUUCAAGUCGUACAAGCCCGCCGACAGGCCCCCCUACUAGUCCCGGACCCGGACCAGUUCCUGGGCCUCACAGACGGAGCCGCCGCCCGCGCCUAUAACGCCGCCAUGGCCGCCUGCAGUCCGUUGACUCCUCGCCGCCAGCCCGAUAAGAAGACACACGCAUGUUCAGGCGGGGCAUUCCUCUGCGCGGGAUGCGGCCCGGCCGGGCUGCCCACCACUGUAUAUCAUGAACGCACGCAAUAACAUAUUAACAAAUCACAAA